AUGGCUCCCCCACAGUUAGGCGCGACAUUUGUCCCCGGCGGCUUCGAUGAUUAUUAUAUGCCAGAAGUCGUUGCUCCCUCCCCUCAAAGGGUAACCCCUCAGGUCCCUCAAAAUAUGCAAGAGGACCUCCAGCGCAUGGAGCUCGAGGCUACUUCUGUUGAACCACGAUCACAAACCUAUUCAGGCCCAGGUCCUCGUCACUCUCGUGAACCGUCGCUCUCUACUUACACCAAUCCUCGGGGAGCCGACCCGCCCAGGCCCCAGCCGGCAACACAGGUCUCAAGCGACGACAUCCGAGCAUACCAGUCCACCGAUAAGAUCUCCGAGAGUCUCAGCACCAUGAGCUUCGACGCCCCCUCAUUUUCGCCUUUUCCCAAGGUAAAGGGCGAUAACAUCCCCCCAACUGACGAGGAAAAGGAGGAGAUUCUCUGGAACGCGCGCAAGCAUGUUCUUCACUCACAGAAUGUUUCAAUGCAAAUUACAUGGGCGCGCGACGUCCUUACUUGGGCCGACAUUUCCCAAGAGUCCAUGAUACGCGAAUAUGGCGAAAAGGCCCGACCUGCUACGCCCCGCAUAGAACACGAACUCCGAGUCGAUGCAAUCAACAUCAUUACCUACUUGUCGCAGCAAGAACACCCCGAAGCACUAUACAUGCGCUCAAAAUGGCUCGAGUUUGGCAAGUUUGGUAACCGUGUUGACAAGCGCGAGGCUUAUAUCGGCUACAAGCGCGCCGCAGAACUCGGUCAUGGACGAUCCGAGUAUCGCAUGGGCAUGUUGUACGAGCAGUCCAAUGACAUGUCCAAGGCGAAGGAGCAUUACUACCGCGGUCUUUCCCUCAAGGACUCAGCCUCGUUGUACCGAAUGGGCAUGAUGAGUCUUUUAGGCCAGCAUGGCGAGACGAAAGAUUACUCGACUGGUCUGGAGCGGAUACAGGCCGCGGCCGACAGCUCCGACGAAGACGCCCCUCAGGGUGCUUAUGUUUACGGUAUGCUCAUAGGACGCGACUUACCGGACAUAACAAUCCCCGAGGGCUUGUUGCCCAACAAUCCAUUGACGACAAAGAUGUAUAUCGAGAAGUCAGCUUAUCUUGGGUUUGCUAAGGCCCAACUCAAGAUGGGACAAGCAUACGAACUCUGCCAGUUCGGAUGUGACUUCAACCCGUCUUUCUCUCUUCACUACUACGGCCUAGCAGCUAAGCAAGGUCUUCCCGAGGCAGCCCUCGGUGUGAGUCGAUGGUUCCUCUUUGGCUACGAGGGCGUUUUCAAGAAGAACGAAUCGCUCGCGUACAAGUAUGCUCAAGAGGCUGCUGCCGCUAAGCUACCGACAGGAGAAUUUGCCUUGGGCUACUACAACGAAAUAGGAAUCCAUGUUGAGAAGAGCUUGUCAGAAGCUAGAAAGUGGUAUCAGCUGGCCGCCGAUCACGGCAAUCAAGACGCCCUUGGCCGACUCGAUUCUCUGGACGAGAAUAACACUCUGUCUAAAUCUGACCACGAAACCACCACACUGACCCGCAUCAAGUCGCAACACGGAUCCCAGCGAGGCAAGCGCCCUGAUCGCUUCAAGCAGCCACAACAAAUGCCUACUCUCAGUGAAGGAAGUGCCCCUGCUUCACCUUCACUAGACGGACCGGGUUACCCCAAGCCACAGGAUCCGCAGUCCAAUCCUUCUCUCGGAAUACGGCCCACCAUCGUCUCGGAGCACGUCAACUUCCCAGACCCCUCGCGAGCUUCUUUUGUACUCCCUGCGGCAACGGACAGACCUCCUGCCUUCAAUGUUAGAUUGGAUGCCAACCAAGGCCCAGUGCGACCCCAAUCGGCAGCUCCCUACCCCGAAGAUGACCGGCCACCACCUCUGACAGUUCGUUCCAAGUCCACCGCACCUUACCCCGAGGACGACACCCAAGGUCCUACUUCUCCUCGUUUCAAUCAAGGCGGACACAUGGGACCCCCUUCAGGACCCCCUUCAGAUCGCCCAUCAAGCGCUUUUGGCAUCACCUCACACCCACUGGUGGCCCAUACUCACCGGGCUUGCAAAACCCUCAGUCCCAAAACUAUGAACGCUUCUCGCGCGUACCUGGAGCUAGUGGACGCCCCGAGCGUGGGAGCUCUCUUCCCCAGAAUCAGCAGCAACAGCAGCAACAAUCACCACCUCAGGCGAACCGACCCCCACGAACGUCAAGUGCUCAGCCGCCAAUGGUGUCUGGCGGUGCUGGCCCGGGCGGCAGGCCGUCUCCGGGACCUUAUGGCGGACCUCAAGGAGGACCUCAAGGGGGCCCAUCUGGUCCUCCAAGAACUGGAAGCGCACCUCCAUCACAAUUUCAGCGGCCCGAUAACAGGCCGAGCCCUGCUCCCAGCGCUGCAACGAUGCCGCCAAAGGGAGCGGGUAAACAGGGACCUGCAACGUUUGAAGAUAUGGGUAUCCCACAAGGAAAACAGGACAGUGACUGUUUGGAAACCGGUUGAAAGGGCAUCUUUUUGGAGUCGAGCUCGCGGACGGAAUGCAUUUGCACUGGGCUCGGAAGUAAAUAUCCGUGAGACGGGACAGGGCUGGCAGGGUUGGUUGCGUAAAAACGCUGAAUAUUUGGGUAUCGAGUAUUCCAUCACUCUCAUCACCAUCUUCCCUCAGUGUUCCGUCGACGCCUCGAGGCUGAUUACACAUAGGCUAUUCAUUAAUAAAUCCUUUAUCAUACAUCAGUCGAUCGACGACCAAGAGACACACGUCUCUUCCACCACCAAUAUGGCACAUACCGAUCGAGGAUUCCAGCUGCAGUCCCUGAAUGCUGCCGGACAGGCAUACAAUCCUUUCUCGGCAAACCCAGAGGGACAAUCUAACCAUGCGAAUCAAUCAGUGUCGGAAUUUGGCCAGAGUUUGCUCGAGGAGGCCAUUGGCCGAGCCUCUUCAGAUAGCUCCAGGGCUCCAGUACCGCCCCCUGACGGUGGAUGGAGAGCGUGGUGUGUUGUACUAUCCACACACUUGGUAUAUAUGAACACGUGGGGCUGGGUGAACUCCUUUGGCAUUUUCCAGGCCUAUUAUGCUGAGAAUCUGGGUCUCCCAGCAAGCAAGAUCUCGUGGAUCGGUUCCAUUGGCGUUUUUCUUCUAUUCUUCGUCGGUACCUUGACAGGACGUCUUGUCGACGCUGGAUAUUUCCGCUGGGUGUUUGCCUGUGGUAUCGUCUUCCAGGUCACAGGUAUCAUGGUAACUUCGUUCUGUACUGACUAUUGGCACUACUUUGGUGUUCAGGGUGUUCUCGUUGGUUUGGGGCAUAGCUGUCUGUUCUGCCCAGUGCUGGCAGUACUAUCGACGUUCUUUGCUAGAAAACGGGCUUUGGCCAUGGGAGUCGCAGCAUGUGGAAGUGCAACAGGAGGUGUCUUGUUUCCUCUCCUCGUUCGAGCUCUUCUUCAAAAGGUAGGUUUUGGCUGGACUCUGCGCAUUGUGGGUUUCGUGCAACUUUUUCUUCUGCUUGUCGCCCUGGUACUUGUUAAGCCUCGGCUUCGACCACAUCGAUCUGGUCCCCUGAUCGAUUUCUCUGCCUUAAAAGAUAUUGAGUACGUGUUGUACGUCACUGCCUCGUUUUUUACUUGCCUGGGGGUAUAUCUAGCUUACUAUUUCAUGGCAGCUUUCUCUCGUACAGCUAUCGACCCGCCCUUUACCUUCAAUCAGUCUCUUGAUCUUCUGAUGAUUCUGAACGGUGUUGGCGUUUUUGGUCGACUGCUCGCAAAUUGGACAGCUGAUCACAUCGGCGCCAUCAAUGUCUUCGCACCGCACUCCUUCUUUGCUGGAGUAAUACUCUUUUGCUGGAUGGGGGUUACCAACAAGCCAAGUCUGUACGUAUGGUCCAUCUUCUAUGGUAUUCUCGCCGCCGCGAUUCAGAGUCUCUUCCCCACCGGUAUCUCUCUGCUGACUGAGGAUUUGAACAAGAUUGGUGUUAGGAUGGGAAUGGCCUUCACGAUUGCUAGUUUUGCUUCCCUUGCGGGACCACCUGCUGCAGGUGCGAUUAUUGAUGCGGAGCAUGGCUUCAAAGGUGCGCAGGCGUUUGCUGGUACAGCUAUGUUGUUGGGUGCAUUGUUUCUUAUUGCAGCGAAGAAGAAGAGGAUGGCUAGACUUGGAACCGGUCGGUUUGACAAGUGCUGA